GUGUCAUCUUGUUUGACUGAAAAUGUAGGGUUUGUGGCAUGGCGAAGCAAGCUAGCAGCAGUGGCGGUGCUCUUUACGACGCCCAGCGCUUGGCGAGGAUCAAAGCGAGCAAGCUCUACGUUUCCAAUGCAUCUCCUGGCAAGGUUCCAGUCAUAUACUCCGCAGUGUAUAAUAUCGCGUUCCUGGGAUUGGAGAAACUCCAUCCAUUUGACUCUUCCAAGUGGGGAAGAGUGUGUGAGCUGCUGAUCCAGAAAGGCGAGCUGGAGUCACGUAGAAUUAUGGAGCCUGGAGAAGCUACAAAAGAAGAUCUUCUCGUGGUACACACACCGGAAUACUUGGAGAGCUUAAAGCGGAGUUAUGUUGCUGCCUCCAUAUUGGAGGUAGAAAUAUUCAAUCUUUGUGUUUAUAUCUCUUUCUUGAGCUCGAUCAAACAGGUUCCCCCUGUGGCUUUGCUGCCUUAUUGCAUCAUUCGUUCUAAAGUUUUAGUCCCAUUUCGGAAACAGGUGGGAGGGUCUGUUCUAGCAGGCAAAGUUGCUUAUGAACGGGGAUGGGCUAUAAAUGUUGGAGGGGGAUUUCACCAUUGUUGUGGCUAUAGAGGCGGUGGUUUUUGUGUGUAUGCAGACAUAACACUCUGCAUUCACUUCGCUUUCGCAAAUCUCAAUAUCAGCCGGGCGAUGAUUGUUGAUCUUGAUGCUCACCAAGGCAAUGGUCAUGAAAGGGAUUUUGCAGAUGAUGAUCGAGUGUUUAUCUUUGACAUGUAUAAUCGAGAUAUAUAUCCACUGGAUUAUGAAGCAAAACGCUGGAUUGAUCGGCGAGUUGAAAUUUCCAGUGGAACACGGACUGACUCUUACUUGACGCGUUUAAAGCAAGAGCUUGAGGGGGCGUUCCAAGCCUUUGCUCCAGAUCUUUUGGUCUACAACGCCGGCACAGACAUAUUGGAAGGAGAUCCUCUCGGCCGAUUGGAGGUUUCACCGGAAGGAGUGAAGGAGCGUGACGAAAUUGUUUUCAGCUUUGCUCGCCAGAGAAACAUCCCAAUUGUCAUGCUCACGUCUGGAGGAUACAUGAGAAGCAGUGCUGGUGUCAUCGCUGAAUCCAUCUCGAAUUUACACUCGAAAAAGCUCAUCGACUUGGCCGGUGUGAAUUAAACAAGAGCCUCUCUCUUUCCAGCGGGGUGAAAGAGAUGUCGAACCCGGGACCCCCUAAACGCAUAUUCGAGAGA